UUUCAGGUAAAUCCAAUCAUCAAAAAACAAGACAAAAUGAAUGGAGCGUCGAGGGGCGACGUGCAGCGCCCCACUCCAGUUCAAGCUCCGGCAAAGCGACCAAUUCCGCCUACAGUUUUCCGAUUCGAGAAGGCAUCCAAAAUCGGGACUUCACUGGAUACUACACCCAAAGAACUUCCCAUAAGACGUCCCGUUCCACUACCAGGACCGCGUUUCGUGAAAGACGUGAACCCCUCACCUCCAGCUACUUCUUCGCCGAACGUUCAAACACAAUGCCACCAACCUCCAGUUGUAAGAUCUCAAACUCAUCAAGCAUCAGUUUCACAAACAACGCCUACUCAAACUACACCCUCUCAAUAUACUCCAGCUAGCGUUUCUACAGCUCGAGCCCCACAAUUCCAUAGAUCGUCCCAUGUUACACCUUCACAACAACAACGAAUUGAACAAGCAUUUGGCCCAGCUCCGGUUUCUCAAUCACAACCACAGAACGGCAGUUAUAUCCAAUAUAAUGAACCAAGCACAUCGGUGGCAUCUACGACUACCUCAUUUUACAGUCCAAACGAGUCUGAGCCCGUAUUCACGCAUGCAAUAUCUUUUAAACCCAAUGAACCCGAGAAUGGACAGAAAGCAAGGGAGCAACUAGAGUUGUUAGAUUCUGGAAAAAUCAAUGAGAUUAAUCAGUCAAAAGUUCCGACGACAAUAGAACUGCCGCCAAACUGCAAGCUGUUUCAAUAUUCAUGGGUGCUCGACGGAAUACCUAGGACGCUUUUGGUUCCAAUGCCAAUGGAUGCAACGGAAGAAGAUGUGAAGGCAAUGCUUCCAAAAACGUUGGAAAUGGAUUCAAAUCUUUUUAACAAUGCUCGGCCCAGGGAUGAACUACCAGUACUAUCUUUCCCAAACGGAACAGUACCCAAUGUAGAAAUGAUUGGUCCAAAAGUGCAACAACCCAUGCUGGUCAAUCCGAAGCAGUUCAACAGAAUUAUGCGAAGACGUGAGAUGAGGCAACAGCUUGAAGCCAGUGGACGGCUCCCACUUGCUCGCCAGAAGUAUCUCCACGAAAGUCGUCAUCUUCAUGCACUAAAACGCAAGAGAGGGCUUGAUGGGCGUUUUGACAAUACGAAAACAGCCGAAUCGUCAUCAAUGGUCAGCAGUACAACGUCUCCCAGAAAAUUGAAACGCCGGAACCGCUUACCUGGUGAAGAAACUUCUGAUUCGUCCUCAAUAGUUCUCCCAUCGCCAGUUGAAAUUCAACCAAAGGGCGGGAUAGUCAAUUCAUCGAUGCCGUCGACGUCGACUGGAUACAUCAAUAAUGGCAUGGAUCAUCAAACGGAUUAUAUCGAGCAUCAGCAACCCAUGUCUACCUACGACCAAUAUCACGACCACGUCCAAUAUAUCGCGCCGGAUGGUAAUGUGAAUUACCACAACAAUCAUGACAAUGGCGUCGAUUUAACUGGAAGUGAUGGACAAAGUUUCACGAAUCUCUAAUUUUAUUAAUAGCUUAAUGUGUAUUGCAACCGUUGCCAAACAAAAUUCACCUCACCAAAAUCAUUCAUGUUCCCUACGCUUUUUGCCACAGAAAUGUACCUUCUCUUAUUGACCGAUCUUUUCUUCGGGAUUAUGCCCAUUUCUCUUUCAAUGUUUUCAAAUUUUUUAUCCUCAUUAUGCAUUUUUUAAAUCGUCAUGUUGGGUUAUGUCAGUCUUCAAACUAUCCAAUGAAAAGCUACACUUUUUUUAAAAGUAUGACAGCAAAACUUCGUGUCAUAAUUGUCUCAAAUAUAAAUCUGUAUUGUUAAAAAGCUUCAAA